AGGGGCGUGGCCACGUGGUGGCCAAGGGUGGCCGCGGCCCCCAUUGGUCAGACGCUGGCCACCACAUUGGCCCCCCCUACGGACACACCCCUUUGACACUACGCUGAGGAAAGCACACUGGUAUAUAAAAAUAAAUAAAUAAAAUAAACACUUCAUUAAAUAAAUACAUUUUAGGUGUCAUAUCUUUAAAUUAACCGUUUAUUAAUUUAUCAUUAAUGCAAUAGUUCUGAUAAAAGUAUAUGCAAAUUGCAACACAAGGGAAGGAGGUGCACAAACAGCGUGACAGCGCACCACGAGCGCAAAGAGAUACAAUCCGAGGGAGCAACGAAUCAAAGCAGCAACCUGUGAUUCCCGCCUGGCAUUGUUCUCAGGAGUCGAAGUCUGGAUCGCCUUUCAAAGUUGAAGAACAGACCUCGCUUAUUUAUGUUUCUUCAGUAGUCAAAUCCUACAGAAUGGAUACUGCGAAGAAGAAAAUCCACCCAUUUUUCCGUACUGAAGUUCGAGCAGAAGAACAUAAGGCGGCAGGCGAAGAGCAGACACAGGCGGUGCAGGAUGAGGAGGAGAACGAGGAGGCAGAAACUGGUAGAGAAGACGAGAGCAGGGUGCAGAAUGAGACAGCCGGCAGGCUUGCCAAAAUAUGCCCUUCAGACAUAUCCAAAUCGACCAGUGAAGCGCCAGCACAGCCUCAACUGGCGCAAUACCCAAGGACUCAACAAGGCGACAGGAACAGGAGCUUCAAGGGUGAAUGGUAUGCUGUUCACCCUUGGUUAGAGUACUCUGUGUGUGAAGAUUCUGCUUUUUGUUAUGCAUGUAGGCAUUUCAGCUUGCCUGGUCAUGUUGAGUCUACAUUCACUGCAGGCUUAGGGUUCAGAAAUUGGAAAAAGGCUACUUAUACAGAUGGUGGGUUUGCUGCACACAGUAGAUCUGAGCAUCACAAGGAUGCAAUGUUAGCAUGGAAGGAAUUUCAACUAGCGGAAAAAAAUCAGGGAUCUGUUAUGGAGCAACUAAAUCAAAAUUACAACAAAAUUGUGGAAGAGAACAGGGGGUACAUUAAAACCCUAGCUGAAGUGGUUUUGCAUUGUGCAACUCAAAACAUUGCUUUGCGAGGUCACCGGGAGUCAAUGGAUCUUAGUAGGAAAGGGAACUUUUUGGGAACGUUAGAUAUCAUUGCAAGGCAUGAUGAAAAAGUUGGGAAGAAAAUGAAUGGUCCUAGGAAUGCGAAGUACACAAGCCCUGACAUUCAAAAUGAAAUUCUAUCAUGUUUGGCCGAGAUGGUUCGCAUUUCCAUCAUAAAAGAAGUCAAGGAAAGUGGUGCUUUCAGCAUACUUGUGGAUGAAACGAAAGACAAAAAGAAAAUGGAGCAGAUGUCUUUUGUUCUCCGCUAUUACUACAAUGGUGAAAUCCAUGAGAGCUUUUUGGAGUUUGAGGUAGCGGAGGCCUUAGAUGCAGAGAGCCUCAGCCUGAAGAUUAUUCGCCUCUUGCAACGGUAUGGGCUGGAUUACAAAAACAAUCUAGUUGGACAGGCGUACGACGGGGCGGCUGUAAUGAGCGGGAAAAAGAGUGGUGUGCAGGCAAGAAUUAAAGAGGUUGCCAAUGUGGCAUUCUACGUUCACUGUUCUGCACAUUGUCUCAAUUUGGUUCUAGUUGACACUGUGAAGGGGCUGCCAGAAGCUGACUGUUUUUUUUCCCUGUUACAGCAGCUUUAUACUUAUAUGUCGGGCUCGGCUGUGCACUCAAAAUGGUUAAAUGUCCAAAAGGAGAUGUACUCUGGAGAUGCCCCAAGAGAGCUACAAGCAUUAAGUGACACCCGGUGGGCCUCCAGGUACAAUGCCUGCCGUAAUCUCUGGGACAGGUUGCCAGCCGUUGUGAAGGUACUUGAGGAUCUAGCUGAGGAAAACAGUGGUGAAAGGUCAAUAGGUGCCAGGGGCCUUUUGCCUCAGAUAAAUUUACAGUUCAUUGUAUUUCUUGCUAUAUUUAAGAAACUGUUGGGAGAUGCCAAAAUGCUAUCGAAUCUGCUCCAGUCCUCCUCUCUGGAUUUAGCUAAAGCGGUAGACCUUGUGGAGACACUAAUCGAUACAUUUCAGUCUUAUAAGACAGAGCAGGUGUUUGGAGAUUUGUGGGACACUGUGCUGGAACUCGCAAAGCAAUGUGACAUCAGUAUAGAUGCUGCUCCAAAGCGCAAAAGAAAGCUUAGUGCACAGCUACAAGGUUAUCAUGUUUUAUCUACUGUGGGAAGCCAUGACAUGGGGAAUGACAAAGACUACUACAGGACAGCAAUUUUUAAUCUGGUUUUGGAUAGGAUGCUCAGUGAGCUAAGAAGCAGAUUUUCCAGGCAAAACUGCGAAAUCAUGCGUGGAAUACAGGCUUUAAAUCCUAAUAGUACAAGUUUCUGCGAUAAAAAUACCCUUUUUGCAUUUGCUAAAAUGUAUGGAUGCCACCUUGUUGAUCUGGAGCAUGAACUCCACCAGGUUAAAAGACUUUUAGACCGUAAGGUGAAACAAGGGAUGCAGACACCGCAUACAAUUGUAGAUCUGACAGCUUUUAUCGAACCUUACCAAGAGGUUUUUGAUGUUUUUGCAAGGCUUUGCAAAAUUGCACUGGCCUUGCCCGUCAGCACAGCUGCAUGUGAACGCAGCUUUUCUUGUUUAAAGCUUGUGAAGACACACCUGAGAACUACCAUGGGAGAGGGAAGGCUCAGUGAUCUUGGGGUGUUGAGCAUUGAACACAGGAGGGCAGCAUCUUUAAACUUAGAUGAGUUUGUCGACAGAUUUGCUGCCAAUCAUAAAAACCGUAGGAUACAACUUCUGUAAUAGUAAUGUUGAGUAGUGAGGUUCUGGCAAAUGUUUUGUUGUUAUGGGCCACUGUCUCUUGUUUUGUUUUGAUUCCAAUGUAACAUGUAUUGUAACCAGUUGUAACAAACCAGUUGUUAUGGGCCACUGUCUUUUGUUUUGUUUUGAUUCCAAUGUAAACAUGUAUUGUAACCAGUUGUAACAAACCACGCUGCCAUGAAAUACAAAUAUAUUUCAAAAUAAAUACAAAUAUAUAUUUGGA